AUGUCCGAUGCCUCUUUCCUGGACGACUCCAUUUCGCCGAUAAAGAAGCACCAACACUCUCAACAACGCUUGCAAACUCCCAAAAAGUCGUCUCCUCCACUUCUGGAUCUCACCAACAGCCCGGACCUCUUCAAUGUCAGCCACGCGUCCGCCACAUCAAGCACAACAAGCAUUGUGAAUGCCCUCGACCGCAGCACCGAUAUAUUCGCGAGCCCAAGGGCAGGGCGGCUCAAUGCCUCACCUCAAGCCAAGGUGAGGAGGAUGACGAUUCCGGCGAGUCCGAUAUUAUUCGAAACAAUGGAUGUGCGAACGAACUCGCCAGGUAGUAUUGUCAUUUCACCGCUAGCUUCACAGUUACGCACUCCUGAGGCGCGGACCCCGGCAACACGGAUUCCAGACACGAUCUCCCCGCGGUAUUCGAGGGCCAGGAGAAGAAUUGCUGCGGGCUCGACGCUCACGCCAGAACCUGAGGCGAAAACUUGCAGUCCACGCACCAGCAGUAAAAGAAAGACACCCGGAACGAUGAAGCAUUUUGGCAUCAUUCCGUUGACGAUAUCGCCGGUCAAAAAGUCGCAGCCAAAGAGAUUUCAAGCCGACUUCCCAACGACGCCGGUGGGGAAGCCUAAGUCAGAGGCAAUCCCCCGUACUAUUUCUCCUGUGAAGAAGUCGAGUCAGGUGAUGCUCUUGACACCUCCGCCUUCCAACCCGGAUGCGCCGUCUAGUUCUACGGGAUCUAGCCGGCUGCGAGAUCGGUCACCUUCGCUUGAAAUUGUAUUCGAUAGCCAAGAAUGUAAAGUGGAACCGGAACUAAGCCGGGGCCAGAAAACGUCGCAACGCUUCCGUGAGUUGCUGGACGACGCUGCAACUCCGACACCCGAGGCCCCAAAAACACGUGCGGAAAAGCUAAAGGAACGCGGUCUUCGGGACGGACAGGUCGUGCGAAAUCAACAGGACCGUGCGUUGAUGCACGGGACUGAUUGUCCAUGUUGUAGCGGGUACUACGGAGCGCUGGAUUUAAGCCCGGUCUCUCGAAAGAAGCGUAUGGACCAAAUAUCGAGGCAUCGCUACGUUGAGAAGCCGCUACCAAGUACCCCAGAACAUUAUUGGGAUCUGGAUUUCCCAUCGACUCCCGAAUUAGAGCGCCGUGGCGUCAUUAGAAUAAUGGGGCAGAAAACGAAGACGCCGGAACGAAGGCGAUUGUUCAAG